AUGUCAGAUUUAAAGCAAUGGGCAGCUACUUCAUCUGGUGCUUCCUUAUCAAAGAUAUUUAUUGGACGAAUGAUAAAAAACCGUGAAAUAGGUAAACGUGUAAGGUCAAUAAGUCAUCACGCAUCGCUUAUGCCAAAUACAUCCAGUGCUUCGGAAAAGCUAAUAAAUUUGUAUACAUCAUCUCUUGCAAAUAAAUCCAAUGCUUUUACACUAAGUGAAAAAGCUAAUUUUGUCAAUAGAUUUCUUCCUAAUAAAUGGACAGAUAUUGAUAAGCUUGAUUCGGGAUUAUUUCGUUGUAUACAUUUGCCAAAUGAAAGAUUUGUUACUAUAGGUCAAGAUAAAAGUUUACGCUUUUAUAUUCGUCAACCACCACGUUAUCAAUUUGUUGAUCAAAUUGGUAUCCCAAAUAAUGGAUUUAUUACUGAUUUUGCUCGUAGCACAAAAGGUGAUCAAUUGGCAUAUACAACUUCUAAUGCAUAUGGUAUCAUUUUUAUUAUCAUUAUUAUCAUCAUUAUUAUCAUUAUUCAUAAUGUUUAUUCUUUCUGA